AUGGUUCAUCACAAAGUUACUAUUAUUGGAUCUGGUCCAGCUGCUCAUACUGCUGCUAUCUAUUUAGCUAGAGCUGAAAUUAAACCUACUUUAUAUGAAGGUAUGUUAGCCAACGGUAUCGCUGCUGGUGGUCAAUUAACUACAACCACCGAUAUCGAAAACUUCCCAGGUUUCCCAGAAGGUAUCAAUGGUACCACCUUAAUGGAAAGAAUGAGAGAACAAUCUAUUAGAUUCGGUACUGAUAUUAUUACUGAAACUAUUUCAAAAGUUGAUUUAUCAACUAGACCAUUCAAAUUAUGGACUGAAUGGAAUGAAGAUGGUGAACCAAUCACCACUGAUGCUAUUAUUAUUGCCACUGGUGCCUCUGCCAAGAGAAUGCACUUACCAGGUGAAGAAACUUAUUGGCAACAAGGUAUUUCUGCUUGUGCUGUCUGUGAUGGUGCUGUCCCAAUCUUUAGAAAUAAGCCGUUGGCUGUUAUUGGUGGUGGUGAUUCCGCUUGUGAAGAAGCUUUGUUUUUGACUAAGUACGGUUCUAAAGUUUAUCAAUUAGUUAGAAGAGAUCAAUUAAGAGCUUCUAAUAUUAUGCAAAAGAGAGUUGCCAAUAAUGAGAAAUUAGAAGUUUUAUGGAACACUAAUGCCAUUGAAGCUAAAGGUGAUGGAAAAUUAUUAAAGUCAUUAACUAUUGUUAACAACAAGACUAAUGAACAAAGUGAAUUAGAAGUUAAUGGUUUAUUCUAUGCUAUUGGUCACACCCCAGCUACCAAGAUUUUCGAAAAGCAACUUGAUAUGGAUGAAGCUGGAUAUAUCAUUACUAAACCAGGUACUGCUGCUACUUCUAUUGAAGGUGUUUUUGCUGCUGGUGAUGUUCAAGAUAAAAUUUAUAGACAAGCUAUUACUUCCGCAGGUACUGGUUGUAUGGCUGCUUUAGAGUGUGAAAAGUUUAUUUCUGAACAAGAAUAA